GGGAUUUCCUGUGUAACACUGUGAUUCUGUAAACUGGUGUUCACUGCAGAGCGCAGCGGUCGCACCAACCAGUUAAUACAAACCGGUCGGGUGUUUCUUUAUAAACUAACAACAAAACAGACCGUUAGGGAGAGUUGUACAGCGCUGAAUAACUAUCUAUAUGAUAUUUCCUAAUAUCUUAUCGCACAGUGGUGAAACGUUCAAAGGUCGGGGACUCGGGACAGGUUGUUAGGUUCAAGUUUAAACCAAACGGCAUGAUCAUGUUGUAUUUGCACAGAAACUGCGCGGUGCGCGAGACGCAGACGGGACUCUAUACUAAAACAAAACAGAAGCGAAGUUCUUGAGGGUUUCCGGAGAAGGCGGAGAUUUUGUACAGUAAUUCUUCAAAACAGUUUGGGCAGAGUUUAAAUUGAGACUCGUAAUGUGCGAAAAGACAAUGCAGUACGACUACGGCAGCAAUAAAGAGGAACAGCCCUGCCCCACGAAAGCACGAGUCAAUGGGUGCAUCCCCGAGUGGCUGAAAGGAACACUUGUGCGCAUUGGGCCCGGCAUGUUCACUGUUGGGGACACCGCUUACAACCACUGGUUCGAUGGAAUGGCCCUGAUGCACAGCUUUGCCUUCAGAGGUGGGGAUGUUAUGUACAGAAGCCGAUAUCUGCGUGGAGACACUUAUACUGCAAACAUGGAGGCCAACAGAAUAGUUGUGUCUGAGAUGGGAACUAUGGCGUACCCAGAUCCAAGCAAAAACAUCUUCUCUAAGGCAAUCACCUUUCUGUCCCACACCAUCCCAGACUUCACAGACAACUGUGGGAACAAUAUCAUUAGAUAUGGUGAGGACUAUUAUGCCACAUCAGAAACCAACUACAUACGUAAAAUAGAUCCAGAGACGCUGGAAACACAAGACAAGGUGGACUACCAGAAAUACCUAGCAGUAAAUUUGGUGACAUCACACCCACAUUAUGACAAGGAAGGAAACAGCUACAACAUUGGGACCAAAAUAGCAGAGAAGGGCAAGACAAAAUAUACUAUAUUCAAAGUUCCACCCAUUGCAAAGGAUGUCCCCAAGGGCACGCCUGCCCUGAAGAACCUGGAGGUGUUGUGUUCAGUGCCCUGCCGCUCACUCCUGACCCCCAGCUAUUACCACAGCUUCGGUAUGACGGACAACUACAUCAUCUUUAUUGAACAGCCUUUAAAACUGGACAUCCUGAAGAUGGCCACCGCAUACAUGAGGCACACAAACUGGGCGAGCUGUCUUAAGUACAACCCUGAAGAUGAUACCCUGAUUCACCUGAUAGACAGAAAGACCCAAAAGCCAGUGGAGACAAGAUACUACACAGAUGCCAUGGUGGUCUACCAUCACGUUAAUGCGUUUGAGGAGGAUGGCCACAUCGUGUUUGAUAUCAUUGCAUAUGACGACAACAGCCUGUAUGACUUGUUCUACCUGAACAGCCUUCGACAGGAAAUAAAUGAGUCUGGCUCUUCAAAAAAAUCCAUUCCCAUACCAAAAUACAAGAGAUUUGUCCUUCCAUUGCAGAUUGACAAGGCUUCAGUUGGAGAAGAUCUGGUUAAAUUAAAGUAUACAACAGCCACUGCUGUGAAGGAAAAAGAAAAGCUGCUUCUCUGCCAACCAGAAAUUCUCUGUGAAGGACUGGACCUUCCCAGAAUUAACUACAACUUCAAUGGCAAGAAACAAAAAUAUGUCUAUUUGACUUGCUCUGAGAAGCCACCAGUACCUACCAAGGUCACAAAAUUUGACACUGAAACAAAGAAGAUGGUACACUGGGAAGAACAGGGAUGCUGGCCUAGUGAACCAGUCUUUGUUGCCAAUCCUAAUGCAACAGAGGAAGAUGAUGGUGUGGUUUUAGCAACAGUCAUCAGUAUGGAUUCACAGAAGUCGGACUUCCUGCUAGUGCUGGAGGCAAAAACGUUUACGGAGAUUGCACGAGCUUCUGUUAAUGCACAGCUUCACAUGGACAUGCAUGGAUAUUUCAUCUUUCAAGACAGAGUACAAGUUUGAAGCUUACAAUGGAUGUAAAUCUGCAGUCAUAAGAAAAUCAUACUUUACAUCCUGAUGAAAGCUGAUUUUAUUAUAUGCAUCUUCAGAAACACAUCCUUUAAAAAGACUAAUCUAACCACACUGCAAUGUGUAGUAUGUGGAGAAAUGUUUACAACAUAAAAUUCGUUAGAAUGCAAGUAUUUGCUGAUGAUUACUGCAUUUAUUAGAGAUUUUUGCCAUUUGGUAAUGAAGGUG